CAGUUUUUCCUACCUAUCGCUGUCGAUUUUUCAUUUACAAGGGAAAUUUGACAAAUCUUGGAAUCUGGGUGUACAAGAUGUCGAUUAGUUUUUGUGUGGUUGUGUUUUGAUUUUCAUUUGUACAAGAGAAUUUUCGGAAAUUUUUGUGGGUUUGAAGAGAUCCGAAGCUAUUUUGGUGGGGCAUCUGAAAGCGAUUCGAGGAAGUACUCUGGACUUCCAUUCGAUAUUCGCAAGUGUUGAGUGGGAGUUGUUGAGAGAGACUUGCUUGAAUUUGUGGACUGUAAGCAUUGAGAACCACCCAAGAUAUCUUUGCCGUUCGUUCUGGAUUUUUCAUAUAGUUUUCGGCUGUUUGUGUGACAUAUUCAAUGUUGGUGGCUGCCUGCUGUUUGCGCUUAGCAUCAUUAGACCUUGACUUUCUCUCUCACACACACUGACAGGUGUAAAUUAGUAAAAUCUGAUAUAAUCUUAACUCUUAAGUUUGGAAUUGAAGCGGAGACAGAUUGUUUGUUGUUGACUUGUAAUUGUUUAGGAUCCUUGGUUUCUGGUGCGUCUUCACUUACCCCUCUCCACCCCAAAUGCCUCUUGAAAAUUCAUAUUCUUCAUCUCUUUUGUUUGUGUUUCUUGUUUUCAAAGAGAUUGCUCAAGGUUCCUCUGCAAAUUGGUUUUCAAUGUUUGUUUGAUGUUUGAGCGCUUUCCAUUAGAGUUUAGCUCUUGGAAAUAUGGAGAAAGAUUUGUACGAAACCUUGACGAAGAAAGACAACAUGGUGGCUAAUCCUGGGCUUCAGAUUAUUAAGCACCCCUCUUAUCAUUCUUAUGGUAAACAGUUGUUAUCAUGGUUUGAUAUACGGGUGUUCUAUGUAAGAAUAAGCAAUCUCAUGGUUGAUGGCUACACCCCUGAAUAUCUCACGCUCAACCAUAUACCAUUGGAUCCUGAUACUGUCCUUGAAGUUAAUGGUAGAAGAUGUACCCUUCAGUCGGAGGGUAGUUCUUGUCGUCUAAGAAGGAACCGAGUAGACAAGAAAUUUGAAGAAGCUACUUUCGUAAGCACAGACAAUAUAAGGUUGUCGGGUAGUGUGAAGUUUGAGGUUUUUGAUGGGGAAGAUCUCAUUCUUUCUGGGGCUUUGGAGAUAUCUAAUGAUUGCAAUGGGAACAUCGGUGAAUCAAAAGACAAUGAUGUCGGGAAGUGGAGCAUGACUUGUGAAUCAUUGAUUUCUGCUAGCAAUCGAUUUCUGAAGGGAAAGCAAAUGGUGGUUUGUGAUUCAACACCGCCAAUGAUUGAAGUUUAUGUUGCUGGAUCGUUUUCAGGGACACCAAUUAUUUUGACAAAGACUUUGCAGAUUAGUCUCAGGAAGAAGCAAAAUAGAAAAGGGCGGUUGGAUACAAUCCCAGAGUAUGAGACCGCAGAAUCACAGAAGGAUGUUGCAGCUGGGCAUGAUCUUCAGGUAGCAGAAUAUAGACGUUACAAACCUGUAAAUGACGAAAAUUAUGACAGCAGCCUGUACUGGAGCCAGACAGAAUACAUGGAAGGUGAAGAUGGAGCAUUGUCAUGGUUCAACGCUGGUGUGAGGGUUGGUGUUGGCAUAGGGCUUGGCGUUUGUCUUGGGGUCGGAAUUGGAGUUGGUCUUCUUGUUCGAACGUACCAAUCUACCACCCGGAACUUUAGAAGGCGGCUUUAGUAAAUUCCUUUUAUACCCUUCCCAUGUAUUAUUUCUUUCUUUUCACUUUUUGAUCAUAUGCUAUAAAGGGUGUAGAAAAACAACUUUAUCUUGGCCUAAGUUUAUAAAACCAAAUCAAGAAUCCCAAUACCUUUCUCUGU